CUGAUCUGACGGCUUGCAGUCCAUAGCAAAUCGAAGGUUCGUCAUGGAAUCGAAUUAAAACCCUAGGAUUUGGGAGUAGCUAAAAGAGUAAUCUUUCUCUUCAAAACCGCCGUGGUUGGAUCGUUCUCUUCGCGACCCGAGAGAUCUGCACGAGAUGGCGCCUAAGAAGGAGAAGGCUGCGCCUCCGGCUUCUAAGCCAGCCAAGUCUGGUGGCGGGAAGCAGAAGAAGAAGAAGUGGAGCAAAGGAAAGCAGAAGGAGAAGGUGAACAAUGCUGUUCUCUUCGAUCAGGCAAGCUACGAUAAGAUGCUUACGGAAGUCCCCAAGUACAAGAUGAUUACUCCAUCUGUACUAUCUGAUAGAUUGAGGGUAUGGGUCUUAUUAUUAUUUUUUGGUUUAACAGUAAAUUUUCUUCUAUUAAUAAGUGACUGGUAAUUGUGCUUACUUUGA